UUGAGAAGAGAUAGAUUCACCGAGUGAGGAACACGAUGCUAUCAUUAUCUUCUUGGUUCUUCGCAGUGCUUCUAUGCUUCUUAGAUGUUGCUUUUGCAGGAGACCCUUUUGUCUUCUAUGAUUGGACCGUAUCCUACACCACAGCUUCCCCACUUGGAGUUGAACAGAAGGUAAUUGGAAUCAAUGGGCAAUUUCCAGGACCAGUUCUGAAUGUCACCACAAACUGGAAUGUAGUAGUCAAUCUGAAGAAUAAUCUUGAUGAACCAUUACUUCUGACAUGGAAUGGUAUACAACAUAGGAAAAACUCUUGGCAGGAUGGGGUUUCAGGAACUAAUUGUCCAAUUCCAGCAGGUUGGAAUUGGACAUACGAGUUUCAAGUUAAAGAUCAGAUAGGGAGUUUUUUCUACUUCGCUUCCCUAAACUUUCAAAGAGCUGCUGGAGGAUAUGGAGGAAUCAUCAUAAACAACCGAGAAGUUAUUCCUGUUCCCUUUGGAUUGCCAGAUGGAGAUAUUACGAUAUUUCUAAGUGACUGGUACACCCGGAGUCAUAAGGAACUCAGGAAAGAUGUUGAAAAUGGGGUUGACCUUGGAAUCCCUGAUGGUGUGCUUAUUAAUGGACUAGGUCCUUACCGCUAUGAUGACAAUCUUGUCCCAAAUGGCAUUUCAUACCAAAUAAUAAAUGUGGAGCCAGGGAGAACAUAUCGCCUACGAGUUCACAAUGUUGGUAUCUCAACAAGCUUAAAUUUUAGGAUACAAAAUCACAACUUACUUCUUGUGGAGACCGAAGGCUCAUACACAAUUCAGCAAAACUACACAAACAUGGAUAUUCAUGUGGGUCAGUCCUAUUCAUUCUUGGUUACAAUGGAUCAAAAUGCCACCACUGAUUACUAUAUUGUUGCCAGUCCCUGUUUUGUUAAUUCAUCAUGGGCUAGAGCUACUGGAGUUGCCAUUUUGCACUACUCCAAUUCUCAGGGACCUGCCUCAGGUCCUCUUCCAAGUCUUCUUGGUGAAGAUGAUCCUUCUUUCUCAAUAAAUCAAGCAAGAUCAAUAAGGUGGAAUGUGUCUGCUGGUGCUGCACGUCCAAACCCACAGGGUUCUUUCAGAUAUGGUGAAAUUACUGUGACAGAUGUAUACGUUAUUCUUAAUAGACCUCCAGAGCUUAUAAAUGGAAAGUGGCGUACUACACUUAAUGGUAUAUCAUAUUUACCACCUUCAACACCCCUGAAGCUUGCGCAACAAUUUAAAAUUCUAGGGGUGUACAAGCUUGAUUUUCCAAAUAGAUUGAUGAACAGACCUCCAAAAGUUGAUACUUCUCUGAUUAAUGGCACUUUCAAAGGUUUUAUGGAAAUAAUCUUUCAAAACAAUGACACCACAGUCCAGACGUACCAUAUGGAUGGCUAUGCAUUCUUUGUUGUCGGCAUGGAUUUUGGGGUAUGGACAGAAAAUAGCAGAAGUACUUACAACAAGUGGGAUGGUGUGGCUCGCUGCACUACGCAGGUCUUUCCUGGUGCUUGGACAGCAAUUUUGGUAUCUCUUGACAAUGCCGGUAUUUGGAACCUUCGUGCACAGAACCUCAACUCUUGGUAUAUGGGCCAAGAAGUUUACGUGCAAGUUGUAAACCCAGAGAAAGAUGAUAAUGAGAAUUCUUUGCCUGACAAUGCAAUUUUCUGUGGAUUACUUUCCUCCCUUCAAAAGGACCAGUCUCACAAAUUCCAGUUCUCAGUGGGAUCACCUUCCUGCAGUUAUUCUAGAAUGAUGUUAUUCAUCAUACUAUUUCUAGCAUCACUUGAAAGUUUAUUUGGUAUGUGGAGUGUUGAACAUUAAGUCAACUAAAACACAGAAGGAAAUUGUUUGUAAUAUGGCACAAGCCAUUUUAUUUAU